AUGGAACCCAGUCUGGCGGGACAAUCCUCCAUCUGUACCAUGAUUGGGCACCAUAAGAUUUCCACGUCACCUCUCUGGGGAACAUCACAAAAGAUAUCAGUGCCUUCCUCAUGGGAUCAUCCCCCUCGCAACGCAAACUGGACUCUGCGCCUGGCUGCUCCAGUUUAUAGGCCAGCUCUCCGAGCUGCUCCCGUCGCUCCUCGUUGCAGCUUCGAGGACUCGUCUUCUUCGGCAUCAUCCAAGCUCAUUAAACAAAGCACCUCUUCCAUUGUUGCUCAAGCUGCUGAGGGAGCGGCCCCUGCUCCUGCCGCGGGCCCAACCCCCCUUAAGAAGUUCAUCGAGACCCUCACCACCCUCUUCCCACUCUGGGUGACAUGGCUCCAAACCGACCUCUUCACAUACGCUCUCGGUUUCCUCAUGCUUUCCAUGGGUCUCACCCUCACCUUCGAGGACUUCCGCCGCUGUCUCCGCAACCCCUGGACGGUCGGGGUCGGUUUCAUCGCACAGUACUGCAUCAAGCCGCUUCUUGGCUACGCCAUUGCUCUGGCUCUGAAGCUCCCCGCCCCUCUUGCCACCGGGCUCAUCCUCGUGUCGUGCUGCCCCGGCGGUCAGGCGUCCAAUGUCGCCACCUAUAUCUCUCGCGGCAACGUUGCCCUCUCCGUGCUCAUGACCACCUUUUCGUUUCCCUCCUUCUGCCGCCUUGCCAGGGCGUCCACCAUCGGCGCCAUCUUCAUGACGCCCUUCCUCACCAAGGUCCUUGCCGGCCAGCUGGUUCCCGUCGACGCCAAGGGUCUGGCCAUCAGUACUUUCCAGGUCGUGCUUGUGCCCACCAUUUGCGGAGUCCUCGCUAACGAGUUCUUCAACGAUAUCACUAAGAAGAUCACCUUCUUCACGCCGCUUGUUGGCGUCGUUCUCACCACCCUGCUCUGCGCCUCCCCGUUUAACCCAUCUUCCCUCACCUUGACAUCCCCACGACCGUGCACCAUCCCCACGACCGUGCACCAUCCCCACGACCGUGCACCAUCCCCUCGACCGUGCACCAUCCCCACGACCGUGCACCAUCCCCACGACCGUGCACCAUCCCCACGACCGUGCACCAUCCCCUCGACCGUGCACCAUCCCCUCGACCGUGCACCAUCUCCUCGCCCGUUCAUCAUCCUCCCACCCUUGCCCCUCCCCUCCCCCUUGCAUCACCCCUCCCCCUUGCAUCACCCCUCCCCCUUGCAUCACCCCUCCCCCCUGCAUCACCCCUCCCACUUGCAUCACCCCUCCCCCUCGCAUCAUCCCCUCACCCUUGCAUCAUCCCCUCGCCCUUGUAUCAUUGGUCAGGUGGCGGAGGUGCUCAAGGCCCAGGGCGCGCAGCUCAUCCUCCCCGUCGCAGCUCUGCACGCCUUCGCAUUUGCUCUCGGCUACUUCCUCUCGCGCGUCUUCAACUUCAGCGAGUCCACCUCCCGCACCAUCUCCAUUGAGUGCGGCAUGCAGCUGGGAGGAAGUGCUCUUGCUGUCUUCUGGAGGAACAACCCACUUCCCAAGGAUGACAAGGAUGACUUCAAGAAGUAA